AUGUCGACCGGACCGUUGAGUGCGGAAGUAAGGAAGCUGGCGAAUGAAUUCAUUAGUUUCAUCAAUAAGGCAGUCACUCCAUAUCACGCUGUGAACGAGAGUAUAACACUUCUGAAAGCGGCAGGUUUCGAGGAACUUGACGAGAGGAAGCCGUGGAGAAUUGAACCGACUGGGAAAUACUUCGUGACUAAGAACAAUACGGCAAUAAUAGCGUUCGCAGUCGGCGGUAAAUACAAGCCUGGCAAUGGCUUCUCGAUGCUCUCUGCACACACCGACAGUCCGGCAUUGCGCGUUAAACCCAUCUCGAAGAUCACUUCCGAACAAUUCUUACAGGUGGGAGUAACGACUUAUGGAGGGGCGAUCUGGCGAACUUGGUUUGAUCGCGAUUUGAGUAUUGCUGGUCAGGUGAUUUAUCGAAAGGUGAGAGUCGUUUUGGUUUUAGUGAAUUAG